GUUCAAAAUCUUCUCAAUGGUAGCAAAGAUCAAAAGAAUUCCAACAAAAUCCAUGAAACCUCGCCGUAAGCGAAAAUCUCCGAUCGAACAUGUGGUGACUAUCUCCUCCGCUGUCCUCUCCUCCAUCCGCGGCCGGAUCACCAAACUCUUCUCCAAAUUGACACAAAUCUCCACUCCCAAUCGUCGCCAUAAACGCUAUCGGUUCCUGAAAAAGAUACCCCACUGGAAAGAAGAACAAUUUUAUGAACAAUCCUUGAACUCUUUUCGCAUAAAUCUCUUUUCUGAUCCCUUCUUGUUACCCUCAUUGAAUUCCCCCGAUAGAAAAACCGUCUUUCUCGACCUGGACGAAACCUUAGUCCAUUCCAAGGCCAAUGCACCACCAGAACGAUUUGACUUUGUUGUGAGGCCGCAAAUCGACGGUGAGAUUAUGACAUUCUAUGUUCUGAAGCGGCCAGGAGUGGAUGACUUCUUAGAAUCAUUGGCGGCGAAGUAUGAGGGAAAUAGAUGGGAAGCUUGUGAAGGACUUGUCUACGAUGGGUAGGGAUUUGAAACGGGUUGUUAUCGUUGAUGAUAACCCAAAUUCGUAU